AUGAGCAGGAUAGUAUAUCUAAAUGGAGAGUAUAUGGAAGCGGCUGAUGCGAAGGUGUCCAUCUUUGACCGAGGCUUUACCUUUGCAGAUGGAGUGUAUGAAGGAAUCGGAAUCGUAGAUGGUGUGGCUUUUGAUGCGCUCAAUCAUAUGAACCGCUUGAAGCGUUCGCUGAAAGAGCUCGAGAUAUCACUGUGUGACGAAGAAGUGGAAGCUCUCCCGGAAGUGUGGGCGAAUUUAAUACAUCGGAAUGAUGUAGAAGAGGGUCUCGUCUACUUACAAGUCACACGGGGCGCUCCUUCCGACAGAAGUUAUAUGUUCCCGUCUUCAAAUGUUCGUGCCACAGUAGUAUUGUUCGUACAGCGCAUGAACCUCAUCAACAACCCUGUGGCGAAAAGAGGUCAGGCCGUCAUAACCAUCCCUGAUAACCGAUGGGGAAGGCGAGACAUUAAGACAAUUCAGCUACUCACUCAGAGCUUGGGUAAAAACGCCGCCAAAGCACAGGGCUGUGAUGAUGCCUGGCUAUACAAUCCGAGCGACGAUAUGGUGAAUGAGGCGUGUUCGGCAAAUGCGCACAUCAUUACACGUGAAGGGGCUUUGGUUACGCGCCAGUUGAGUACGGAUAUACUGCAUGGAAUCACGCGUGCAUAUGUAUUGCACUUGGCAAACGAUCACCAUCUGACCGUGCAGGAGCGAUCGUUUACGCGACAGGAAGCAUACGAUGCGAAGGAAGCCUUUGUUACAAGUUCAUCGGUAUGUUUGAGGAAUCCCGAAAACUCGGAGUUGAUUGUGCUUGAAGGUUGAGUUGUAGUAGACAUGCUAUUUUAUACGCUUUCGUGUACAGUUUGAUACGCCUCACGUCCACGUUUCAUACUGUAUUUGGAUUAUCUCCGCAGACGUUUGUAUAUCCAGUAGUGAACAUUGAUGGGCAUUUAAUAUCCGAUGGACAACCAGGACCCAUCGCGAAAAAACUUCGUCUAGCUUAUAUCAAAGCAGCAAGAGCGAAUGCUGAGUUACAUCGUAGACAACAGACGACGUAGCUAAGAGAAUUUUUUUCUGAAUUAAUGAAAUAUUCUUUCCCUUGCGAAGAAGUAGUAAAUGCUCACACCUACGUCAUAAACUCUUUCGGACUAAACGCAGUUGUCCUAAACACGUGGAUUCUGCAGAGUAUGUAUUUUAACGGUAGUGUGCACCAGGCAAGACACGUAUUAGUUGAGAAAAUAUUACGAUUACAAUCAAAUCACCUAUUAUUUAUUCUUGGCAGGGUCUACCUUACCAUAUUCUCCAAAUGUUUUGCAUAUGUAUAUGAGAAUGGAUCCUUGUCAAUCUUGCUAUUGAGCUUGCCAUUGCCAGCGGUAAAGAAACGAUCGUACAUGUGAUCCCCACCACCCCAAGCGAUGAUUGCACAGUCUCGGGGGAUAUCUACCGUCACGCAAUCACAUUCCAUCUCUGAGUUAACGCAGCAGUCGUCCGUUUCCUGAGCACCAGCACUUAGCCUGCCUGAGACUGAGUGGCUGCUACCAUCGUAGUCGCAGAGCCACGGAUCCGCCUUGUGGGUCAGUUGAGAUAUCGCCUGGUAUUUUGAACGGGUGUGUAUGUAAACUGCGUUAUCUUCAUCAUCCAAGAUGUCAUCGGCGUCCGUCACAUGGUAAUCGUAGAAGGCAGAUUCCUCCCAUUCGUCAUCUUCGAUGGAACUCUCGUCUAUCGCGUUCACCGAAUCCAACCUCCAAGCAUGGGGUAGAGAUUGCGGUGGACAUCGAUGGCCUGGAGUGCCAAGCUUCUUCAUUUGCAUAGUGUGCCCCUCGAGAUCUUCUCUGAGUUGUUGUCGUACUCGUAGUAAUGUCGCCGGCUGCGGACGUGCAAUGUAUGCCCGAUACAGAAAUGGAGUUGGGCAGCUAGGCACAUUGUUUUCCUUCUCUCCCUGAUAUUGCGGCUGAGAUCGCUUCCUGAGUCUCUCAUGAUUAUCGGGUACUCCCGCCUCGUUGAGUGCAAUACGCUUCUGUCCUCCUUGCUCUUUCUCUAUACCGCGGGAAAUAUCUACCAGUGGCGCACACUGAGUGGCUGGAUGCAUCUCUACAAUAUUUUAAUACAAGUCAGAUCCUUGCCGCAAUCAGGUGCAAGUGGACGAGUUCUAGCUGAGUUCUUACUAUAUAUUGUAUAAAAAAAUGUAUAAACCUUCGGUCUCUAAGCCUCGGCAAAAUCGCAGUUGAACUAUACUAGUUGAUUUAUCAUAAUUGAUAUUUACAGAAAAAUUUACUAUGCGUCCCACACAAUACCAUCCUUUUGUUGAUAAGCUUUGUCUCAGAAAUUCAGAAUGCCAGGUUACGGAGCAAUCUGUGCUCAUCUUUGAACACACAAUGCGAUAGUCCUGACCCCUAAAAGGCCUAAGGCGUUUAGGCGUCAAAGCCUCAACAAAGGUUCAAAAUCGCAAAGACAACAAAAGUCUCAACCCCACCUCUGAAAAAGUAUUAAAAAAAAAG